UGGUUUGGAUAUGUAAUUUAUUUCACGUAACCAAACUCACUCUGCUAAGUUCCCAUUUCUCCUCUUAUCUCUUCUCACUCUGAAUUUGUUGUACAACUACACCUAUGGAUUCCCACAAGGAUUCCUUUCUCAAAGACUUCAAGGACCUCUAUGGUUACCCCAACUCUCCCAAUACCAUUGACGAAAUCCGAGCUACCCACUUCAAACGAUUAGAUGGUCUUGUAUAUUUGGAUCAUGCUGGAGCUACUUUGUACUCUGAGUUGCAAAUGGAAGCAAUCUUUAAAGAUCUCUCUUCCAAUGUUUAUGGAAAUCCCCAUAGCCAAAGUGAUUCUAGCUCUGCCACUUCUGAUAUAGUUAGGGAAGCCCGUCAACAGGUACUGGACUUUUGCAAAGCUUCUCCUAAAGAGUACAGCUGCAUAUUCACAUCUGGGGCGACUGCGGCUUUGAAGUUGGUAGGAGAGGCUUUUCCAUGGAGUCAUGAAAGUUGUUAUAUGUACACAAUUGAGAAUCACAAUAGUGUCCUUGGGAUUAGAGAAUAUGCUUUAAAACAAGGAGCUGCAGCUUUUGCAAUAGACAUUGAAGAGGAUGCACAUGAUAGCACAUCUAUGAGAAUAUUACAGCACCAGGUACAACGGAGAAAUGAGGCUAAAUUUCUUCAGGAGGAACGAACAGGUAAUGCGUAUAACUUAUUUGCCUUUCCAUCAGAAUGCAAUUUCUCAGGCUCGAGGUUCAACCUUAAUUUGGUGAAGAGGAUGAAAGAAGAUUCUGCUAGAAUUUUGGAAGGCUCGCCGUUCUGCAAUGGGCAUUGGAUGGUUUUGAUUGAUGCUGCAAAAGGAGGUGCUACGGAACCACCAGAUUUAUCCCAGUAUUCAGCAGAUUUUGUUGUUUUAUCUAUGUAUAAGCUAUUUGGGUAUCCAACUGGAAUUGGAGCUCUCAUUGUUCGAAAUGAUGCUGCAAAAUUAUUGAAGAAGACCUACUUUAGUGGAGGCACAGUUGCUGCGUCUAUUGCUGAUAUUGACUUUGUUAUAAGAAGAAAAGGCAUUGAGGAGCUGUUUGAGGAUGGGACCGUUUCUUUUCUAAGCAUUGCAUCUCUUAGCCAUGGGUUUAAAAUUCUCAAUUCCCUUACCAUUUCUGCCAUAAACCAGCAUACAACCUCACUCGCUAGGUAUGUGCGAAAGGUACUACUGUCCUUACAACAUGAAAAUGGAAUCAGCGUUUGCAAACUUUAUGGAACUUCAGCAUCAAAGGUUUUACAUCAUGAACUUGGCCCAAUAAUCUCAUUCAAUUUGAAAAGGCCAGAUGGUUCUUGGUAUGGAUACCGUGAAGUUGAAAAACUAGCAUCUUUGUCAGGAAUCCAAUUACGGACAGGUUGUUUUUGCAACCCUGGUGCAUGUGCAAAAUAUCUUGGAUUAUCUCACACGGAUCUUCUCUCAAAUAUUGAGGCUGGCCAUGUUUGCUGGGAUGAUUAUGACAUAGUUCAUGGGAAGCCAACUGGAGCAGUGAGAGUGUCCUUUGGCUAUAUGUCAACAUACGAAGAUGCCAAGAAAUUUGUUGAUUUCAUUAAAGAUUCCUUUGUAGCAUUACCAAAGCAAACUGCAAGAUUGUACAAGAAAGAUGAUGAAGCCAGACUCCCAAUUGCUAAAAUUGGCCUCAGAUCUAUUAUUAUCUACCCAAUCAAAUCAUGUGCAGGAUUUAGCGCAGAAAGUUGGCCUCUAAGCAAUAAUGGUCUACGGUACGACCGUGAAUGGCUUCUUACAAGCCUUACUGGUGAAGUUCUUACACAAAAGAAGGUCCCUGAAAUGUGCUUUGUAAGUACUUUUGUCGACCUCAAUCUUGGAAUAUUGUAUGUAGAGUCCCCACGCUGUAAAGUGAGGCUGGCUAUCAAACUUAUUUCAGAUUCAGAUAAUGGUGUGAGAAAUGAAAUUAAUGUCCACGGGCAGAGAUGUGAAGUUCAAGGUUACGACAAUGAAGUCAAUAGUUGGUUCAGCACUGCCCUUGACCGACCAUGCACUUUAUCCCGCUGUUCUAGUUCCAAUUACAAUUUUUGUAUGAAUAAGAACAAAAACAUUGGCAUGUGCAUAGCUGAGCAAAGUAUAUCAAAUUUUGCAAAUGAAGCUCAGUUCUUAUUAAUAUCAGAAGAAAGCAUAUUUGAUCUCAACAACAGAAUAAGUACAAGAGAUGUGCAAAAGGGUACUGAAGGAGCUUCAUUCAAAGUCAAUCCAAUGAGAUUUCGGCCUAACCUAGUCAUAUCCGGAGGGGAACCAUAUGCUGAAGAUGGGUGGAAAAAUCUCAGAAUCCGGAACAAAUAUUUCAGUUCUUUAGGUGGAUGCAAUCGUUGUCAAAUGAUCAACAUUGUUCAUAGAGAUGGACAAGUACAAAAAUCAAAUGAACCUUUGGCUACUUUAGCAUCAUAUAGGAGGGACAAGGGAAAGAUCUUGUUUGGGAUACUUUUGAGAUAUGAGAAUAGUGAUGGAGAUCAAGUACAAGACAAUGAUAUAUGGGUUCAAGUUGGUGAUGAAGUACAUCCAAAUUGCAUUUAGGAUUUGACUUUUGAGAAUAGUCAAUAAGUAAAUGAAGGCGGCUCAACUCAAGUACUAAAAAACAAAUUAUAGGUCUAUUUUUAGCUCUAAUAAAAUCAUAACAAAAAAUGUUCUUUAUUGUUGUAUAUCUCUACAGAAACAAAACGAGAAAUAAAGUAUAUAUUUAUAUAUUUAUAUAUAGACAAAUUUAAGUGUUAUAAUCAUCAUAAGAUAAAGGUUUUUAAA